AUGUCAGAUGAUGAUGAUGACGAAUGGGUUGAAGCACCUACAACAACAGAUCAUUCAAGUCAAAAAGAAAAGAAACAUAAAGAAAAAAAUAGCAAGAAGAAACAUAAAGAAAAAAAUAGAGAUAGAGAUAGAGAUAGAGAAAGAGAAAGAGGAGAUAAUCAUAAGAAAAGAAGUAAACAACAUAAAAAUGAUGACGAUGAUGAUGUAGUUGAUGAUAGUAAAAAGAAAUUGAAAAUAGAUAAUAAUGAUAGUAAAGAUAGCGAUAAUGCUACUGGUGUUGGUGGUAGUGGUGGUGGUGGCAGAGAUGAUUGGAUGAAUAUGGAAUCGUCUUCAUGGCUAUCAGGUUCUAAGUCACACAACGAUGUCAAACGUGAGUUGAUGCAGCAAGCCAAAGACGAAAAGAAUGCACUUGCCGAUAAACUAUCAAAGACUGCCGGACUUGUAGAUCCUGAGCUAUUUAUGAAACAACAUCAACAACAACAACAACAACAAUCUACAGAUAAAACAACGACAACAGCAACAGCAAUACCUACAAGUAGCAAAAGUGACACUGAUAAAUCAUUUCUGGUUGGAGAUGGCGGUGCAUCUUGGAGAGCAAAGAAAUUACUUAGAGCACAACAACAAGCAUCAGAAUCUGGUGAAUCGGUUAACACUGUUCUAAAAGAGAGAUUAAGUGAAAAUGAAAUAGAGAAUAUCACCAAGACAAGCAAUAAAAAUAAUUAUAGCAAUUAUAAUAAAAAUAGUAACAGUCAAAGAAGUAAUAAUAACCCUAGAGAUUACUUAAGAAAGGAAGAAGAUGAUAACAUUAGUUUGAAAAUGAAGAAACCAAGUAAUGACUCUAAGCUAUUCUGGAGUCCUGGUUCAAAUAGAAGACAUUCUAGCGGUGAGCAUACCGAUAGAGAUACUUAUGAUAGAGAUAGAAGAGAUAGAGAUAGAGAUAGAGAUAGAGACAGAGAAAGAAGUGAUAGAGACAGAGAUAGAGAUAGAAGUAAUAGAGAUAGAGACAGAGACAGAGAUAGAGACUAUAAAGACAGAGACAGGGGUGAUAAUGAUAAAAAGAGAGAUAGAGACUAUAGAGAUGGAGACAGAGAUAGAGACUAUAAAAACAGAGACAGAGACAGAGAUAAUGACAAAAAGAGGGAUGGAGACUAUGGUGAUAAAGAUAAGGUUAAGGAAAUUAAACCUGUUGUCGAGGUUGUUAGAACUGAACAACCUUCAUAUGCAGAACUAUUCCCACAUUUAGCAAAGAACAAAGUUAGUGAAAAAGAAGAGUCAAAGAAGAAUCAGAAUGAAGAUUCACCAAGUUCAACAACAGCAGCAGCAGUAGUAACAUCGACAACAUCAACGACAUCAACAACAAGAUCCACUAAUACAACAACAACAACAACACCUAUCAACUUAAAUAAAUUAAAUGCAGAGAUGCUAAAAGCAAAGAUGAUGGGAGAUAAAAAUAAAAUGGAGAAACUACAGAAACAGAUAGAUGAAUAUAAAGAACAACAACAACAGAAUAAUAAUAAUAAUAAUAAUAAUAAUGAAAGAAAAGAAAAUGAAAAUAGAAUAGAAGGUAGUAAUCAAGUAAAGAUAUCUGGUUUGGAUGAAUUCGGUAAGAAGAUUUAUAUGAAGGAAUCGACCAGUAAGCUUAGCUCUAGACAGGAAGAACAUUUCGAUAAGAAUGGUGAAAGAUUGAAAUAUUAUGAUGAUGACGAUAAGGUUGAUCUUGACACGCUUGUGGCGCGUGAGAAGCGUGGAACCGCCGGAAACAUGGACUAUGAAUUCUUGAAUACCAUCUCCAAGGCAGAGAAGUGGGCACAGGAUGACCGCGAUGACUACGGUCCAGAGAUGCAAGCGGGCAGCAAACAAUCGAAGCGCAGACAACAGGAGAAGGAGAGUCGUGAUGUCGAUAAAUUCAAACAGCAACUGGUCAAUUCCGACCGGCGCGUCAACAGCGCGCUGGAGCGGUGCUGGCAUUGUCCGGCAAGCAAGCAGUAUCAACGCCACAUGACAAUUGCAACCGGACAUCACAUGAGUAACGACGCCACUAGCGCACCGGCAUUCUUUAAGAAGGCACUGAUGGAGUCAGAGUCGGAGUGGUCCAACAAUCGACUGAUCGACUCUGUCAAGAAAGGUGGAUUACGUAAUAGCAUACCGCAGAACUUCUCUUAUUUCUGGGUGGAAUGUGGCUAUAAACAGGUGGGAUUCGUUCAUCCCAUAGAGAAUGAAAUCAAAUUCCAGCGAGACUUUGGUAAGAAUGUAAUCGCAGGAAUGUUAGAUCUCGACCUCGAUGAACUUCAUUCCAAGAGAAAGAGUUAUCAAGAGGAAGAAAGAUAUUCAAAUCAAUUUAAAUCUCAAUUCUCUGAUUUCGAUUGGACAAAACAAUUAGAAUAG